UACAGUGGCGCAAAAGGCCCACGAUAACUACUUUAGAGCAGAGGCGAGUGAGUGGGUCGGGUUUCAGCUGUGCAGAGAGCGCUCUGGUGAUCUUGCAGAGAUAGAAGGCUAGAUAGACUGUCGUCUGGGACACUGCAGGACCGCUUUGAAGAUCUCGUCAAAUGGCAYCGCUGAACCACAAGGCAAAUGAAUAAAGCUCCUUUCAAAUCGGACAUGACUUAUUGAUUGAUCCAAAUCUACAGAAUGCUUCAUAAUACUUUGAUAUAGACACUCAUCUGAAUAUAGUAAGGUGGUUGGAGAAGAGGACAGCUGCAACUUGCCCAAGGCAACUCCCCUGUCAAAAGUUAGGUCGUAAGGAUAUAUAUCCCUUACAAUUCGCUUUCCACCUUUCUCCCGAUGAAUGUUGGAAUUUCGUUGUGGAUAAAAAUCUAAUAAACACAACAAACAUGGAAGAAGAUCAAAAGUGGGGAGUUGCUGGUAGAAGUGUAGGCAGGACCUGCAGUGAGCACCCUUGCAAAAAACGCUUUUGGAGGAAUUGGAAAGAUUUGUCUGGUAUAACUGUCGGCAUCGUAUUCUCUGUAUUGUCUCUUGGAUUUUGCAUUCUCGUUUACCUGAGAACCUCGGAGCUUCAGUCCAGGAUCCUAAACUUGGAAAAACAGAGAGAUACGCAGCUCUCCGCGUGGAUCUCACUCGAGCAGGUGGAACCAGUUAUCUUUGGCCGAAUAGAUCAGAUUCUGGAAGAGAAAUUGGCGGCUCGACUUCCCAAAACACGAGAGGCCAGAGAAGCACCCCAUAGCUGCGUUUGUCCACCAGGGCGUCCUGGGUCGAGGGGAAAGAGAGGUCGCAAUGGGGAUCCAGGACCUCCUGGUCCACCCGGACGAUCAGGCUUUCCGGGUGACAAAGGAACAAUGGGAAUUCCUGGAAGAUUGGGGUUAAAAGGAUACGCAGGGGAGAAGGGAGUGCCAGGGGAGCCAGGCCUGUCCAUCAUUGGGCCACGAGGACCUCCUGGACAGCCAGGAACAAGAGGCUUCCCAGGCUUCCCGGGUCCGAUUGGGUUGGACGGCAAGCCCGGGCAGAAUGGCUUGAAAGGAGACUUGGGUCAACGUGGUCCCAAAGGAGUUCCAGGUGAAUCUGGUCAGAAAGGGGAAAAGGGCGUAUGUGGAGACUACAGUCACAGGCAGAUGUUGCCCAUCACCGUGCGCAACAUGCCCCAAAUAAACCCUCUAAUCCUAAAGCGCCUCAAGCAGGGUGAGCCUGGAGCUCAGGGCCCACCAGGACCUCCCGGCCCCCCAGGGACCUCAGGGACCCCCGGACUGAACGGUGCAAGUGGACCACCGGGUAAACCCGGUGAACCAGGAAAACCUGGAAAAGAUCCAAGGCUCCUACCAGGGAUGAAGGGUGAGCCAGGCAUGCCAGGAAUAAAGGGUGAUGUUGGCACUGCUGGUCCUGAAGGCCCCAAGGGACUGAAGGGAGACCUCGGGCUGAAGGGAGAUGAAGGGAAGACAGGAGGAAAGGGAGAGACAGGUUUUCCAGGCACUCCUGGAAGAAAGGGUCAAGCUGGUACCCCUGGAACACCUGGUAUUCCUGGGAAGAGGGGCUACAGGGGUGACAAGGGUGAACCCAGUGCAGCAGGGACUGGCAUCAAAGGAGAACCAGGGACACCAGGACUUCCAGGCCUAUCAGGAUUCAAGGGUGACAAAGGCGACCAAGGUCUCAAGGGGGAAGAAGGAUCUGAUGGCCCAGCUGGACCAAGAGGUCCUCCAGGUGCAGCAGGGGAGCCAGGAAAAUCAGAAAUCGUCAACAAUGAAAAUGAUAUUCGGAAUGUACCUUUGAUGGGCCCACCUGGACUACCUGGCCCUCAAGGGGUCCCCGGAACACCAGGAACAAAGGGUGAAGUUGGCCUUCCAGGCCCUUCAGGUCUUGACGGAGAGAAGGGUCCUCGGGGGAAGCCUGGAGAGGCAGGUCCUGUUGGCCCAGCCGGCCCUGAAGGUCCCAGAGGGGAGGGGGGCCUGAUGGGUUUCUCCGGAACCAAAGGAGAUAAGGGGGACAUGGGCCCAUCUGGAUCACAUGGUUUAGAUGGCCCUACUGGUGAAAAGGGGGUUUCUGGGCCUCCUGGUCCCAUUGGAUUACCAAGCGCAAUGGGUCAGAAGGGUGAGUCCGGAGAUAAGGGAGGAAUGUCAGAGAUGGUAUAUGGGCCUCCAGGUCCUCCAGGGCCACAAGGACCAGUUGGCCCUGCGGGAACUGAAGGACUGGGAGGGCCAAAGGGGGAGCCAGGCAUAGGCAUACGGGGAGAGAAGGGAGCAUCGGGUUUGAAAGGCGAUAAAGGGGACAGGGGUCAUCUUGGGCUUCCUGGGGCUCAUGGUUUAGACGGCAGGCCUGGUCCAGUGGGCCUGAUAGGACCAGUUGGUGUGGCAGGGCCAGCAGGACUGAAGGGAGAUAGAGGUUACAAGGGAGAUUCAGGAGUCCCAGGACCAAUUGGGCCUCACGGCAUCCCUGGUUUAGUAGGACCACAAGGAUUCAAAGGGAACCGGGGAGAGAGAGGCAAGAAAGGCAACAGGGGAACUAAAGGGGAUAAGGGGGACCAAGGAGCACCCGGAUUAGAUGCCCCCUGUCCAUUGGGGGAUGAUGGCUUACCAGUAUCAGGGUGUUGGAAUAAAUAACGAUAACUUCGGGGUGGCAUGUGUGAUUGUACAUAGAAUAUUUAUUUUUGUACUUUUUAUGUGCUCUCUUAUACUGAUGAGAAAAAAAAGAAAAUCAMAAAAAUAUGCCAGGUUCUUUGUACAGAGUGUUUAUUUGUAUUAUUUGUUAUAAUGUUUAUGUAUUGGAUUUAAUAGCUAUGCAUUAUGUCAACAUGUUUGGAUAAGGAAGAAAUUAUAAUGUGGCUACAUAUGCAUGAUAUUUGUGCAUAAUGUGAACAGAUAUUGCCUAUUAACUUAUUGUAUCCUGUUGUUUUGUUUUGUUGUGACCAUGCUGCACUGAGUUGUGGGGCUGGAAAGAUGAAGUGUUGGCUUUUUAAAAUAUCUUAGUUGAACCCUCUUUGUAGAGAUCAAAAUGAUGAAAACCUACAGCCCCGCAAAUGUUCCUGUCUAAAUAUGUACACAAGUCACGUCAUGGUGACAGAGAGGACUGUAUUUAGUCUGCACUGUACAGUAUAGCCAUUUGAAUCACGAGUGCACAGAUGCCCAUGGUUCUCAACACAUCCUCUUUUAACCGUUUAGGGUUCUGAUAUCAUAAACCCAUAACGUAUCCUGAAUAUCCAGCAUGCCACACAAGCACAUUUUGUCAUUGUCUCUAAAAGGGAAACAUUUUAUCUCAUGAAGGGGUUUCAACUGAGAUGGCCUGACCAUUUGAAGCUUUAGUUGUUUCCCCCUAGGCAAAACAGCAAUUUUGAAACAGAGAACAAAUACUUAGCAUUUGCUGCUCUUUCACUGGCUGAGUAGUUUCACAGCCAGAAUGACCAACCAUUCUAAGCUACAGUAUAGCUUCACGUAUAACCUGGCCUCAGUUUCUCCAAGUCAUCUGUAAAUAUAUAUUUUUUGAACCAACUCUAAGGGGCCACCUCAUCCUGCUUUUUGACUAUCAGGCUCUAUUUAACCGUAGUUGUUUGCCUUUUUUGUUAGAACUUUAUCAAGUUGAUACAAACCCAUGUAACAAGCUUUCUCUUGGAUGACUGAAAUAUUGCUGCUGACCCUUAAGGCAUCCUGCUGCAACAGCCACAUUGCCUCUACGCCCAGUGUAACGCAUCCAUUUAUUUAUUUGAAGAAAGCUAUUAAUGGACAAUGAAGAUCUUGUUAAGAAAUACCAGACUAGUUAUUUGCAGCUGUACUUUAAGACCUACGUCGCCCUUGCUAACUGUGUUUAUGAAUCAGUAUUGAAGAGAUGGAUGAAGGGGACUGGAGUAGAGUUGGUCCAUUGCCACUGCUCGUUGUAAAAAAAAAAGCUCUGUUUGUGUUCUGAUCUGCCUGGAAAUGUAUAGCUAGAUUAAGAGAUCACCACCUUUAAUAAAGUCUUCAUCAGGUUCUUAUACCUCAUGCUAACGUGUGCCAUGUUCCCCUGCCUUGCUCUUCUUGUUAUAGGUUCAACCCAAAGUUCAUGAGAAAUCAUUGAGAAUCUGUUCAAAUUGACAUUUAAAUGUUUGUUGACCUUAUAUGUUCAAAAUGACAAUCAGAAAUAAACCUAUUUUUUUUUAUAGUA